ACAGCUGCCAGUGAGCAGCAGUCACAGACUGUUAACCUCAAGAUCUGGAAGUGUUUGUGAGUCAACGAAGCUUCACAAACUCUCUCGCUGUCUGCCUUUGUCAAAGUUUGGCUACAUAAAGCCAACCUGGUGACUGUAAGAUUCACACUCAAGUGAGCUCAAGCACCCUCGCCCUGGCCGUAAGGCACCUGCCGGAAAAUGACCCUGCAGCCAUUAACUCCAGUGAACUGUGCAGGCCUCAUACAGCCCGGCUUCUCUCUGCUGCAGCUGGAUGGUGAACCUCUCCUGUUUGGCCAGAAAGGCUGGCCCAAGCGCUCAUGUCCAACGGGAGUGUUUGGGGUUCGGUUCAAAUGUGGUGAGGUGAAGUUGAGGGCCAUUUCAUUCUCCAAUGACUCGUGCUACCUUCCUCCGUUACGUUGCCCAGCUGUUUGCCGCCUCGAUCCCUAUGAUGGGCUUCCAGAGAGUUACCUCAUCCACGGUGGCCGCACGCCAAAUAACGAGAUCUCAUCCAGCCUGUAUGUGCUGACCACUGAUAGCCGUGGCUGCAACCGUAAACUGACCCUGUGCUGCAAAGAGAAAGAACUGGUGGGCGAGGUGCCGGGGGCCAGAUACGGCCACACGAUGAGCAUGGUUCAAAGUCGUGGGAAGACAGCUUGUGUGUUGUUUGGGGGUCGAUCCUACAUGCCUGUGGGAGAGCGCACCACAGAGAGCUGGAACAGCGUGGUCGACUGUCCUCCUCGGGUGUUCCUGUUUGAUUUGGAGUUUGGUUGCUCCUCUGCACACACUCUACCUGAGCUCAGCGAUGGACAGUCUUUCCAUUUGGCGCUUGCUAGAGACGACUGUGUCUAUAUCCUCGGGGGUCACUCGCUGGCCUCAGACUCCCGCCCUCCUCGACUCUUCCGCCUGCGUGUUGAUCUACUGCAGGGCAGCCCUUUGCUUUCCUGUGAGACUCUAGACACUGGCAUAUCCAUCUCUAGCGCCAUAAUCACACGUACAGGUCCCGCUCACAGAUACAUUAUCUUAGGUGGGUAUCAGUCAGACUCCCAGAAGAGGAUGGAGUGCAGCACGGUGAUUCUAAACGAGAAAGGGAUCCACUUUGAGGCCUUAGAUUCGCCAAAGUGGACCCCAGAUAUCAUCCACAGUCGCACUUGGUUUGGCGGCAGUGCUGGAGAGGGAAGCUUCCUCCUCGCUGUGCCUACUGAGGGAAGGCCAUCCCAAGCAGAUAUGCACUACCUCUAUCAGGUAAGCUUCCACACAGAGGGAGAAUCCAAAGAAGAGGAAGGAUCUCAGGGCUGCAGCCAGGAGUCGACAGAUUACGACGACUCCACUCCUCUGGAAGACUCUGAGGAGCUCUACUUUGGGCGUGAGCCGCAUGAACUGGAGGACAGUAGUGAUGGAGAAAAGGGCAUGUACAAUGAGGAGGAUGAGGAGGAUGAAUCACAAACAGGCUACUGGAUCAAAUGCUGCCUGGGCUGUAAGGUGGACCCCAACACGUGGGAGCCGUUCUACUCCACUGAGCUCCAACGGCCAGCCAUGAUCUUCUGCUCCAGAGGGGAGGAGGGACACUGGGUCCAUGCCCAGUGUAUGGAGCUGUCUGAGACGCUGCUGCUCAGGCUCUCCCAGGGCAGCAAAAAAUACUUCUGCCUGGACCAUGGAGGCCUGCCCUACCAGGAGAUGACCCCGCCGCGACAGGUCAUGCCUCUGAAGCGAACUCCCAUGAAAGUUAAGGACAGGAAAACUCCUCCGACAAUCAAGAUGUCCCCUGCUAAAAAAAGCUUUUUCAGAAGGCUUUUUGACUGAAUCAAGUUUACUGCUCACUGUCAGGACUGUGGUGUGUGAUUAGGAUGUUUCUUGUUUAAAUAAUAAAUAUGGCAUAAAAAAUACAAAAUAUGCAGAUCUGCGCUAAAAAAAACCCAUAAACAUCUACGCUGUAUAUAUUUUCAUCAGAAUUUUACACUGACAAAAAAAUACAGAAUAUUGAAGUCUAUCUCCAAUGUUUCUAGUUUCUGUUUUUACCAGCUGUUUAACAGUUAAUUGUAAUUUUGUAUUCCUGUAAGUACCACAGGUUAUUACUUCCAAACUCUUUCUCCCAUGGCCAGAUGGAGCUGAAUUCUUUUUGCAUUUCUUACUGCAAUUAAAAUGAUGUUUAUUGAAUGAAAAAUACCCAAUAAACGUAUCUGUACCCUAUGAAAUAAACAAUA